UGGGAUGAUACCUCAAGAGAUAGGGAUGCUUAAAUCUCUCACUGACUUUGUUUUGAGUGAAAAUAAUUUCUCUGGUCCAAUCCCUACUUCCAUAGGAAACUUGACCAACUUAUCCACUCUUUAUCUCUAUCAAAAUAUGUUUUCUGGGAUGAUACCUCAAGAGAUAGGGAUGCUUAAAUUUCUCACUUCCUUUGACUUGAGUCAAAAUAUAUUCUCUGGUUCAAUCCCUCCUUCAAUCGGAAACAUGACAAAGCUUAUGGCGUUAAAACUUAACCAUAAUCGUUUGUUAGGGCCAAUUCCUUCAACUCUCAACAAUCUUACUCAUUUGCAGUCAUUACAAUUAGGAUAUAACCAUCUCAGUGGUCCAUUACCUGAGAAUGUAUGCAAAGGUGGACAGCUCGCAUAUCUUUCGGUGAUCAACAACAAUCUGACGGGUCUUAUCCCACCAAGAUUGAAAAACUGCAAAAGUUUAUACAGAGGAAGGCUUGAAGGAAACUACUUCACAGGAAAUAUAUCAGAAGCUUUUGAUGUGUAUCCGAAUUUAAGUUAUAUUGCAUUAAGCAAUAACAGAUUUUAUGGUGAACUUUCUCCAAAGUGGGGGCAAUGCCAUAAUCUAACAAGCCUACAAAUCUCCAAUAACAACAUUUCUGGAAAGAUGCCGACUGAGUUGAGACAUGCAACUCAGUUACAGGAACUCGAUCUCUCUUCAAAUCAUCUUGUUGGUGAGAUUCCCAAGGAAUUAGGAGCAUUGACAUUGAUGUUCCGUCUUCUGCUAAGUGGUAACCAACUUUCAGGCAAAAUUCCACCAGAGAUUGGAGUUCUUUCAAAUCUACAACAUCUUAACUUGGCAUCAAACAAUUUGAGUGGACCGAUUCCUAAUCAACUUGGAGACUGCUCAAAGUUAUUGGACCUGAAUUUGAGCAAGAAUAAACUUGGAGAAAGCAUUCCAUUUUCAGUAAGCUAAUAAAUGGUCUUGAAA